AAACGCUGUUCUUUUUGUGUAAAGUGUUUGGAUUUUGAUUGCAGCUUUUUUUCUUUUGCUUGAUGAGAAUGGAGAGAAAACUGAGAGCGGUUGUGCUGCUGCAGAUACAUUUGCUCUGCGUCUCUGCGUUCUUCGCGGACGGACAAUCUAGUGCAAAUCAUGAGAAUGUGAUUGACCUUGUGGAAGCCCUAAACAUCCCUCACCGAAAAAAUGUGACCAGCAGCAUGAUAUAUAAACUACGUCCCAGAGCACCCCACCUGACGCUCCCUGCUGAAUAUUCUCACUUCCUGUACUCCAACCUUCAGGGUAGCAUGGGUGUUCAUGUAGUGGCACGCCAGGCACCUCGAUCCACUGGCACUGUUUUUUCUCUUUCCUCUGCGUCUGCAUCUUUGCCUAUUCUCCAGAUCAUCUCCUCCACCCUCGAUAACACCCUUCGUUUGGACUACCAGGCUGAAGGAAGACCACACAGUUUUGCCAGCUUUCAUUUUCCAGGGACAAACCCUUUCUCCAGUGAAACAUGGGUAUGGCUGGCUGUGAGCCUGGAGCCUGACAGACUGGCAUUUUUUGUGGACUGCCAAGAAGCUGCAGUUUUACCGAUAGAAAGUGAGAACAAGAUCAACCUGGAGCUUCCUCAAGAUGUUCUCAUCACUCUUGGCAGCACAUUAGGAAAGAGAGACAGUAAAUUUAGCGGAUAUCUGAAAACAGCUGAACUUUCACUGAAAGCAUAUCCAAGGCGUCCGUGGAUCUGCAACAAUCUUACAGAUGAGGCGGCUCCUUCAGACACACACAACCCAGAUUCCUGGACUGAAUCUAGUCACCCUCACAGUAAACAUCAAGCAAAACACAGAUCACAGGAGCAAACCAGCCAUCAUCCUCCGGACAUCCAGAGUGAUCAGAUGCAGAGAGCUGCGGUAGUGGAGCCUAGAGGAUCUCCUCAAGGUGUAACAUCUGCUUCUCAGGUAGAGAGAGAUGACAGACUGAGGAAGCUAGAGAGGAGGAUGACGGAGCUGACGCAUAUGCUGGACAGAGUCAACAAUAAGAAUGAAGAACUACAGAAUCGUGUGAGCUUCCUGGAGUUAUGUCUGAAGGAACAAUGCCAAGGGACUCAGUCAGAUUAUCCUGUUCACAAUGCAUCCAAUUUAGUGGAAGAUUGCUUCUCUCCGGCAAGUUCAUGCAAUGCGUGCCUGUCCCAGCCGUGCCCGUCCCAGCCUUGUCCUCCCCAGCCGUGCCCUCCCCAGCCGUGCCCUCCCCAGACAUAUCCUAUUCAGCACUGCAAAGAAGAGAAUGUGCCUGACUGUCAACCACCAGCGUGCAAUCCGUGUCCUCCCCAGCCGUGUCCUCAACAGCCAGGUCCUCCCCAGGAAUGCCCUCCCCAGGCGUGCCCUGUUCAGAACUGCAAAGAGGAGAAUGUACCUGACUGUCAAAGACGUACAUGUGAGGGGGGUAACAGGGAGUGUCCUACCUGUUCAGAAGAGAAUGUACCUGAAGGCUGUGAACAGCAAACCACAAGUUGCACCCAUUCUGGUGUCAGUUAUAAUCACGGAGACUCAUGGAGGUCGGUGGAGAAUCCUUGUGAUAUCUGCUCCUGUUCAGAGGGUCAAGUUCACUGUGAGAGGGAGCAGUGUAACACUGGCUGCAGAAAUCCUGCUGCUCCUCCUCCCAAUAGCUGCUGUCCAGUCUGUGAUGGCUGUGGUGUGAAUGGACACGACUUCCCUAAUGGAGCUGUGAUGCCUGUUGGAGACCCCUGUCAAGAGUGUACAUGUGUGGAUGGAAAUAUGGUAUGUUCACCUGUUCGCUGUCCUGCGUUGUCUUGUCACAACCCAGUGCAUCAUGCUGGAGAGUGUUGUCCAAGAUGCGAGCAAUGUCAAUAUGAGUCAGAAGUAUAUAUGAAUGGAGACAUAUUCACAUCCAGGAGAGACCCCUGCCUGCAAUGCCACUGCUCUGCAGGUGAAGUGUCAUGUGAAAACAUGGCUGCAUCAUGUCCUGCACCACACUGUAGUCAUCCAGCUAAGCACACAGACGAGUGUUGUCCCACAUGCACUGUGUGUGAGUAUGAACAGCAGAUUUAUGUAGAUGGGACAGUGUUCACCCCUGCUGGGAGUGGACCCUGCCUGCAGUGCAGGUGUAAGGGAGGAAAUGUACUUUGCAAUGAAGAAAAGUGCCCUCCUGUCCACUGCUCCAACCCUGUUAGAGACCCACACCAAUGUUGUCCAGUCUGCAAAACAUGCGUAUUGGAGGGAAUCGAAUAUGAAGCGGGCUCCAACUGGCAGCCUGAGGGUCCGUGUUCCAGCUGCACCUGUGUGAAUGGAGAGGCCUUAUGUACACGCACACAGUGUCCCCCCACUAACUGUCAGCAUCCCACCAGGAUUACUGGAUCCUGUUGUCCAGUGUGUGAUAGCUGCAAUUAUAACAAUCGUAUCUAUGACAACGGCCAGAGGUUUACAACCCCAGACCAACCCUGCUACACCUGCACUUGUCUGCGUGGCACUGUUGUGUGUGAGACACAACCUUGCCCCCCACUUAACUGCAGAGACUCAUACACCCCACCUGGAGAGUGCUGCCCAAAAUGUCGAGACUGCUCCUAUGACAACCGUGUGUUUGUCAAUGGAGAAGUUUUUCGCAACCCUGUGAGUGCGUGUGAGGAGUGCACAUGUGUGAGUGGAAGGAUUGACUGCCAUCAAGCACAAUGUCCUGAGCCUCGCUGUAAUGCACCUCUGCCUGGGACAUGCUGCCGGAACAACUGCAAUGGCUGCAGCUAUGCAGGGAAUGAAUAUCCCAAUGGACAGGAAUUUCCCCAUCCUACUGACCUAUGCCGGACAUGCAGCUGCACUAAUGGAAAUGUCCAAUGUCUGAAGAAGAGGUGUCCAACACUGACCUGCUCCAACGCUCUUGUCACACAGAGAGACUGCUGUCCCCAGUGUCCUGCUCCUCUGUCAGGCUGUGCGUAUGAACAAAGAUCCUAUAGACACAUGGAGCGUUUCGACGACCCGACUCACAGCUGUCGAUCAUGUAUCUGCACCAACGGGAAAGUUCACUGUAAGCGAAAGCGCUGCCCCUUCGCUCACUGCUCUCACCCCAUCAUACAAGAUUGCUGCCGGACCUGUGAAGGCUGCUCACAUGAGAAUCUGGAGCGAGCUAAUGGGGAGACCUGGGAUGAUAGAUCAGACCCAUGUGUUGAGUGUGUCUGCCGUGACGGCUCUGUGCAAUGUCGCAGGAAACGCUGUCCAGCCUCCAACUGUAACCACCCAGUCCAGAGACAGUGCUGCAUGUCCUGCGAUGGCUGCAUGUUCAAUGGUAGAGAAUAUCUUGAAGGGUCUGAGUUCAGUGAUGGCAGAGACCCCUGUGCUGUGUGUCAGUGUUACCGAGGGGAUGUCACUUGCACCAAGAUACCCUGUAAUGAAGAGUGCAGGCACCCUUACAAACCACCCGGACAAUGCUGCGGAGAAUGUGAACGCUGUUCCUAUAGUGGUGUGGUCAUCCCCAAUGGACAGUCCAUCCCUGACCCAGGAAACCCUUGCUCUGAAUGCGUUUGUGAGAGAGGUUCUGUGCAAUGCAGGAGGAAGCAGUGUCCUGAAACCCUCUGUGCUCAUCCAGUCGCAAAUGCUUGUGGCUGCCCCGUCUGUAAUGGUUGUCAAUUGGAAGGUGUGACUUAUGCUGACGGACAGAUUCUCCCUGAACAACAACAAAGGUGCCAGGACUGCAGAUGUUCAAGAGGUGAGGUAGUGUGUGAGCAGAGAAGGUGCCCCAUUGUGUCAUGCCCACACCCAACUCUCAACAGCUGUGCAUGUGAAGUGUGUGACGGAUGCAACUUCUAUGGGCGUGACUGUUUGAGUGGAGAACAGUUUCCACACCCUACAGAGAGCUGUCAGCGCUGCUCCUGUCAGAAUGGUGAUGUGGUAUGUGAGCGUGAGUCUUGUCCAAGCAUCACCUGUAGUCAUCCAGUGACACGUCCUGGGGAUUGCUGCCCCGCCUGUGACUCCUGUCUCUAUGGGGAUACUGUUUACUCCAAUGGUGACAUCUUCAGGCCCUCAUCCAGCCACUGCCAGCGCUGCACCUGUGUCAGGGGCACUGUUGAAUGUGAGCCCAAUGACUGCCAACAAACACCAUGUGCUCAACAUGUUUCCCACUCAGGACCGUGCUCAGAGUGUAUUCUGAAUGGACAGGAGUUCAGCGAUGGGCAGACAUGGACCCUGAGUUCAAACCACUGCUCCACCUGCACCUGCAAGGCAGGUGAGGUGUAUUGUGCAAUUCCUGAGUGCCCUAAGCUCCCCUGUAUGCAUCAGGUGACUGAUCCAGGAGCCUGCUGUCCUCGUUGCAGAGGUUGUGUUUAUGAGGGAGAGAAGCAUGCAGAGGGCAGCAGCUGGUUUGCAGACUCCACUCCAUGUCUGACAUGUAUGUGCGUGGACGGUGUGACCACCUGUUCUGAAGUACACUGUCUGUCUCCAUGUGUCAACUUCAUCAGGGUGCCUGGGGAGUGCUGCCCAGUGUGUGCUGACUGUGUAUUUGAGGACAGAGUAUACGGCCCAGGGGACAGUUUCCAUCCAGCCCAUGAUCCCUGUCAGAUCUGCACAUGUGAGGUGAUGCCAGAUGGAGAACAGCACUUGAAGUGUUACCGAAAGCAGUGUCCCAGUCUAGUUGACUGUCCAAAGAGCAACAUCUUGUUCUCUGGACCAGACUCUUGCUGUCCUGUCUGUGCACAGCCUCUCAGUAACUGUACCACUGCACUGAUUGGCAACGAGGUGUUGGCAACAGAUGACCCCUGUUUUACGUGCCAAUGUAAGGACCUGACAUGGACUUGCUUACACAAAGUCUGCCCACCACUCACCUGCCCACUAAAUGAACAGUUCACCUCCCCAGACUCAUGCUGCCCUGUGUGUAAAGAUUGUAUAAUCGAGGAUCAGAACAGGCACGUACUGAACGGGACCAGCUGGAAAGACAGCAACGAUGACUGUGUGACAUGUACCUGUAUUUGGGGCCACAUUGAGUGCAGCAUUGAAGAGUGUUUACCUGAUAUUUGCCUGGAAGGCCAAAAGCAAGUGAAACUUCCUGGGAAAUGCUGCUAUGAAUGUCAAGACUCAGAGGUGUCGUGUUUGUACCAGGGGACAGUGUAUCACUCCAAUGAACACUGGGAGGUGGACGAGUGCACCAGCUGUACGUGUGUGUCUGGAGAUGUACACUGUCACAGUGAACGAUGCCCUCUCCUCACCUGUGCAAAUGAUGAGAUGCCCGCAGUUGUUCCAGGUUUGUGUUGUCCUCAUUGCCUUCCUCGUCCAGCUACCUGCAUUGCCUUUGGCGAUCCUCAUUACCGUACCUUCGAUGGCCGAAUGCUGCAUUUUCAGGGAACAUGCACAUAUGUCCUGGCACAAGAUUGUGAGAGUGGAGACUUCAGUAUUUAUGCUACAAAUGAUGAUCGUGGACGUAAAGGAGUGUCUUGGACUAAAGAGGUCACUGUGUUCUUAGGUGAUGUCACAGUGCAGUUACUGCAGGACUGGGUUGUGAAGGUGAAUGAUGAGGUUGUGACUUUGCCAUUCCUCAGGGAACCAUACAUUUAUAUUGAACAACAAACCAACACAAUCUUACUUAACACUAACAUUGGUCUAAAGGUGCUGUGGAGUCCUCGUUCACAUGUGGAAGUAAGUGUGCCAGGUUCCUACAAGGGCCAUACCUGUGGUCUUUGUGGAAAUUUCAACAACUACUACCAGGAUGACCUCCGGAUGCCAAAUGGACAAAUCAGCCUGUCAGAGUCUGACUUUGGCAACAGCUGGAGGGUCAGAAAUGGUAGCAAUUUCCAAUCAUCUUGUCAUCCUGGUGAGAAUGUUGACCCUUGUAAGGAUGCAGGCUUCCAGGCCAAGAAGGGGGCCAAUACUCGCUGUAAAAUCCUGAAGUCUGCUGUCUUUAAGCCCUGUCAUCACGUGGUGCCUCCUGAACAGUGGUACGGAGCUUGUGUGUAUGACCUCUGCGCUUGUGGUGCCAAUACUGAUGACUGUCUUUGUGACACACUGGAAGCCUAUGCCAGUCAGUGCAGAGCAGCAGGAGUCAUCCUGCAGUGGAGGAGUGCAUCUCUGUGCGCUGUGGGCUGCCCAGUGGAGAGGGGUUUCGUGUUUGACGAGUGCGGGCCCCCUUGUCCUGUAACCUGCUUUAAUGUUGAUGUACCUCUGGGAGUGAUAGAAAGCCACUGCUUCAAGCCCUGUGUUCCAGGCUGUCAGUGUCCCGCUGGUCUGGUCCUACACAACAACUACUGCAUACCACCAGAAAAGUGCCCUAAGAUCAUUCAUGGCAGUCCCUCAAACUCCCCACUCACUAAACAAGUGGACACUCACUUGUAAGCUCACACAAUGCAGCGUCAUCUCUGCAUCGGCCUUGUGUUACUGUAUACCUGUGUCUGAAAUGAGAAUAUUUCCAGAUGAAUCGCCAUGAUCUAUGGACUCUGCAAACUGACUGAAGUGUUUUAAUAAAUGUUGUUUAAUGUAACACUGAAUAUUUAUAGUACAUAAAGAGUUGUCAUUUAAUUCUACGUUUAUUUUUUCCAUACUUAAAUACAUUUAUUGAAAUGUUGUGGCCUUUAUAUUUUUUUAAUAGUAUCAAUUAUCAAAAUGUGUUUACUGUGCAGGUUAAAUUUUUAGCACUGUGUGCAGUGUCUGGCUGUGCAGAAAGCAUACAGAAAGCCACAUAAUCUCAGGUACUCUUUU